GGGGGUUUCAGUUAGAGACGCGAGCGGAGCGCGGCGGCAGCAGCGGCGGCGGCAGCGGCGAGUUCGAAAUCUGGGCCGAGUAACUCUCUUUACGCGGAGCCAGACCUCCCGAGACGAGCCCUCGUUAUGAGUCAUGUGGCGGUGGAAAAUGCCCUCAGUCUAGACCAGCAGUUUGCGGGUCUAGACUUGAAUUCCUCAGACUCUCAGAGUGGAGGAGGCACAGCAAGCAAAGGUCGCUACAUUCCUCCUCACUUGCGGAACAGAGAAGCUUCAAAACAGGGAAGCUGGAGCCCAGGGGCCUCUGGCUUCUGUUCAUCUGCUGCUGACACUUCACCUUCCAUGCAAGAUUCCCCCAGCUGGGACUCUGGUCGUGGAGGUAAUGGCUAUAUGAAUGGCUAUGCCCGAGACAGCCGGAUGAAUGGCUAUGACCGUGAUCGCAGUGGGUUUGGAUCUAGAGGAGGAUCUGGACGUGAUGACAGAGGAUAUGACAGCGGGUGGAGUUCCAGUAGAGACAAGGAUGCAUACAGCAGCUUUGGUGGUCGAAGUGAUCGUGGAGCAAAAUCAAGCUUCUUUGACCGUGGAAAUGAGUCAAGAGGAGGAAGGUAUGAGGAUCGUGGAAGAGGUGGUGACUAUGAUAGGAGCGGGUUUGGUGGCAGAUCUGACCGUGGAUUUGGAGGUGGGUCACGCUGGUCUGAUAAAUCUGAUGAAGACGACUGGUCAAAACCACUUGCACCAAGUGAACGUCUAGAACAAGAACUCUUCUCCGGAGGCAAUACUGGCAUUAACUUUGAGAAAUAUGAUGACAUUCCCGUUGAAGCAACAGGCAACAACUGUCCUCCACAUAUUGAGAGUUUCAGUGAUGUUGACAUGGGAGAGAUCAUCAUGGGAAACAUUGAGCUUACUCGAUACACCCGUCCCACUCCAGUCCAGAAACAUGCUAUACCUAUUAUCAAAGAAAAGAGAGAUCUGAUGGCAUGUGCCCAGACAGGGUCUGGGAAAACAGCUGCAUUUCUUCUGCCGAUAUUGAGUCAGAUCUAUACAGAUGGCCCAGGUGAUGCUCUGAGGGCUAUGAAGGAAAAUGGAAGGUAUGGACGCCGCAAGCAGUACCCAAUCUCGCUAGUUUUGGCACCAACAAGAGAACUGGCUGUGCAGAUAUAUGAAGAAGCCAGAAAGUUUUCCUACCGUUCCAGAGUUCGUCCUUGUGUUGUCUAUGGUGGUGCUGACAUUGGGCAACAGAUACGUGACUUGGAACGUGGAUGUCACUUGCUUGUUGCAACUCCAGGGCGCCUGGUUGAUAUGAUGGAAAGGGGAAAGAUUGGAUUGGAUUUCUGCAAGUAUCUAGUAUUAGAUGAAGCUGAUCGUAUGCUUGAUAUGGGGUUUGAACCUCAAAUUCGUCGUAUUGUUGAACAAGAUACAAUGCCACCAAAGGGUGUUCGUCAGACCAUGAUGUUUAGUGCCACUUUUCCCAAGGAAAUCCAGAUGCUUGCUCGUGACUUCUUGGAUGAGUAUAUCUUUCUGGCUGUUGGCAGAGUGGGCUCAACAUCUGAGAACAUCACGCAGAAAGUAGUGUGGGUGGAAGAGAUGGAUAAACGGUCAUUUUUGCUUGACCUCCUAAAUGCUACAGGCAAAGAUUCACUGACUCUGGUGUUUGUGGAGACUAAGAAGGGAGCUGAUGCUUUGGAAGACUUCUUGUAUCAUGAAGGAUAUGCUUGUACAAGUAUCCACGGAGACCGCUCUCAGAGGGACAGAGAGGAAGCACUGCAUCAGUUCCGCUCAGGCAGAAGCCCAAUUCUGGUUGCCACAGCCGUAGCAGCAAGAGGAUUGGACAUCUCAAAUGUAAAGCAUGUCAUAAACUUUGACUUGCCAAGUGACAUUGAAGAGUAUGUACAUCGCAUUGGUCGUACAGGCCGUGUGGGAAACCUUGGUCUUGCCACCUCAUUCUUCAAUGAGAGGAAUAUAAACAUCACCAAGGACUUACUAGAUCUCCUUGUUGAAGCUAAACAAGAAGUGCCAUCUUGGCUGGAAAACAUGGCUUAUGAACAGCUUCACAAAGGUGGUGGCAGUCGUGGACGUUCAAAGAGUAGCAGGUUCAGUGGAGGAUUUGGUGCCAGAGACUAUCGAACAAGCAGCGGUUCCAGCAGUAGUAGCUUCAGCAGUAGUCGACCACCCAGCAGUCGCAGUAGUGGAGGCAGCAGAGGAUUUGGAGGUGGUGGUGGUGGUGGUAGCUACGGAGGCUUCUACAACAGUGAUGGAUAUGGAGGAAACUAUAACUCCGGGGGGGUUGACUGGUGGGGCAAUUGAAUCUGUUUGCAGCAGACAUCCUACCAAACAAGCUAAUAUGGAAACCACAUGUAACUUAGCCAGACUAUACCUUGUGUAGCUUCAAGAACUCGCAGUACAUUACCAGCUGUGAUUCUCCACUGAAAAUUUUUUUUAAGGGAGCUCAAGGUCACACGGAAACAAAAGGAACAAGCAGCCCUAUUUUGAAGGUGGUUUGAAGACUAUUGCUGUAGUCAGGAUUUAACUCCCCUCCCCCCCCCCCCCCCCC